CCAACUAUAGGGGCACCUCCUGCUGCGGCUACGCUCUUCAUCCCCUACCCUGCGACGCUCCCCCUCUACUCGCCUCGAAUGGGAAAAAGGCAGCUCCUUUUCCAGUCUCUUUCUGUGAUUUCCUCGAAGCAAUCUUAGACGCGGAGCAGGUCCGUCAAUCUUUCGUGGAAUUGAUCGCGGCGUUGAGAUCCCCGCAAAUCAGUUGCUGGAGUAGAGGUCGAUUCGUCGACCAGUUGGUGGAGAUAUAGAUAGAAGAGCGAUGGACGAAGGAGCCAACGAAGCGGCAGCUCCGGAAGUGCCAACGGCGGCGGGGAGGGUGGUGGAUAGGCUGGCGGAGGCGGUGGAGGAGAUCGCCGGCAUCUCCGACUACCGGAACGCUUACAAGAAGCAAUUUUGCAACCUCUCGCGGCGGAUCAAGCUGCUCGCGCCUAUGUUCGAGGAGCUCAAGGAGAGCAACGAUCCGAUUUCGAAGCCGGCGGUCGGCGCCCUGGAGAAGCUCAAUCGGGCCCUCGAUUCGGCCAAGGACCUCCUCCGGCUGGGGAGAGAAGGGAGCAAGAUUUUCCUGGUCUUGGAACGAGACAGAAUAAUGGAAAUGUUCCAAGUUGUUACAUUUCAACUGGAACAAGCUUUGGAUAAAAUUCCCUUUGAUGAGAUUGACAUAUCAGAUGAAGUAAAAGAACAGGUUGAACUUGUGCAUUCUCAGUUCAAAAGAGCCAAAGAACGGAUUGAUGCUACUGAUACUGAGCUGCACACUGAUCUAUUGUCCGUCUACAGUAUGAGUGCUGAUGCCAAAGUAGACUCUACAAUCCUACAGAGUUUGGCAGAAAAAUUACAGUUGAUGACCAUAUCAGAUCUCAAACAAGAAUCAAUUGCAUUGCAUGAGAUGGUGGUCUCCAGUGGCGGAGAUCCUGGAAAAAUUAUUGAAAAGAUGGUAAUGCUGCUAAAGAAGGUAAAGGAUUUUGUGCAGACACAGCAAUCAGAAAUGGGCACUCCAACAAAUCCUAGGGUUCUUCCAUCUCAUGGAACAACUAAAACACCUAUUAUUCCUGAUGACUUUCGCUGCCCUAUAUCCCUGGAGCUGAUGGGAGAUCCAGUUAUUGUGUCCACUGGACAGACUUAUGAACGGGGAUACAUCAAGAAAUGGCUGGAAGCAGGGCACAACACAUGCCCCAAGACACAACAGAAACUAUCCAGCACAUCAUUAACACCAAAUUACGUCCUUCGCAGCCUCAUAAUGCGGUGGUGUGAGGAAAAUGGGAUGGAACCACCCAAGCGCCCAGCUCAAACUGGCAAGCCUCCAUCAGAUUGCUCUGCAAGUGAACAUGCCAAAGUUGUUGAUCUUCUCCACAAGCUAUCAUCACAGAACCUUGAAGACCAACGAUCAGCUGCUGGUGAGCUUCGCCUUCUUGCCAAGAGAAAUGCUGACAAUAGGGUGUGCAUAGCUGAGGCUGGUGCUAUACCUGUUCUGGUGAGUUUGCUCGUUACCCAUGAUAUGCGCACACAGGAGCACGCCGUUACUGCACUUUUGAACCUCUCUAUCUUUGAGGAGAACAAGGGGAAGAUAAUCGUCUCUGGUGCUGUGCCCGGGAUAGUGCAUGUUCUUAAGAGGGGCAGUAUGGAAGCAAGGGAGAAUGCGGCAGCGACACUCUUCAGCCUCUCUGUGGUGGACAGGAAUAAAGUCAUAAUUGGCGAGUCGGGGGCAAUCCCCCCUCUUGUUUUGCUGCUAAGUGAAGGUAGUCAAAGAGGCAAAAAGGAUGCAGCAACUGCUCUCUUCAACCUGUGCAUUUACCAGGGGAACAAGGGAAAGGCUGUAAGGGCUGGGGUGAUUCAGACGCUGAUGGGGCUCUUGACAGAUCCAGAAGCUUCUAUGAUGGAUGAAGCGCUUGCUAUCAUGGCAAUACUCUCAAGUCAUCCCGAGGGAAAGGCAGCAAUCACGGCCGCAGAGGCACUGCCAGUGCUGAUAAAGGUGAUAAGAAGUGGAUCACCGAGAAACAAGGAAAACGCAGCAGCUGUUUUGGUGCAUCUCUGUAAUGGGGAGCAGCAGCAGCAACAUCUGGCUGAGUUGCAGGAACAGGGGAUGAUGGAACCAUUGUUUGCAAUGGUAGAGAGUGGCACUGACAGAGGCAAGAGGAAGGCUGCGCAGUUGCUCGAACGAAUGAACAGGUUUCUGGAUCAGCAGAAGGAAGCUCAUGUUCAAGCUAAGGCUCAGACUCGAGCUUGGAUACAGGGUCUGGUGGACAGGUCAAGAGAUACAACUGCGUCAGCUUCGACCGAUACAUAGCUGGUUUUUUAACAAAGGUGAAGUAACUUGCUGUUAUCUAAUUAUAAGACCGGAGGGGUGGAAGAUCACCUGCCUUGAAAAGUUAAUUGGCUUGUUAUUAUGUUUGAGUUGGGGAGAUAGGCUGGAUGCGUAUAAUCGCGACCGCCGUAAGCAGGAAAAUAGGUCAGAAAGUCCCGAAAGAGUUGUUUGUAACGUGUGCCAUGGUGAUAAUUUAAGGUAUCUCAUCCUCAAAUUUUACGGAGGAGCGGCAUCUGUUGGACGAGACACUAAGCUUUGAAAAUUUUCAGGCAUCAUGAUUCAUUAUUUAUUCUA